GCACUUUUGAUCGACGAUAAUAUCAAACAUUCGAUUCCGAACUUGCUUCUUUGUCUUCCCAUAUUCUUUCAAUUUUGUAUAAAUACACGUCUCUACUCGACCCAAACGUGUAAAUACCUCGAACCUUGCAUCAACCUACAACCAUGCUGUCGUUUUUAAAACUCGUCGUCCGGCUUUACUUGGCCAAAACGCCCACAUUCACUCAGAUUAUAAAGGGAGUAAGUUACUCCAACCAAGAACUAGUAAUGGCAGGAACAUGCUAAAUAGUACAAGAUUAGAUGGAAGGAUCUACCAAACAUGAUCAAGGAUUUGAUCGUGGCGAAUCCAUGGCGAACAGCUUUCUAUAUUGCGGAAGGAGUCGUCUUAUUCGCACCAACUGCAGUAAAUGGUCCAGUACUCUAGUUAUUAGGUUUCACCUCACUGGGACCAAGGGCUGGUAAGUUAGAAAAAAACGAGAUAGCGAGGCGGGAAGCAUGUAACUUAUUUUCUGACAGCAUCAUUCGCAUCAUUUCUGCAGAGCAUGAUCGGUUUGGUCAGGGGAAGAAGUGUGUUUGCAUUCCUGCAAAGCGCAGGUAUGGGCGGUUAUGGAGCUGCUGCUGUGAAGAUGGUUACACGGUUGUUACUCGCCGCUCUGUGCUAAGUUAUCCGGAUGAGUCUGUGGAAACAGGUUGCAGCUUGGAUUGAAGACAGCAUUGUGAAGAAUGAGGGAGAUAGUUCUGCAAGAAUUGGGCAAGAAUAAUUCUACAAUGAUUCAGGAAAAUUGGUGCUACUGAACUCGGUAUGGUGAACCUUCCAUCUUCCAUCUUCAAUCGUGAGGUGUCAGGUAUGAGGAUUUAGAUAUAAAGUUACAGAGAGCAGUGCCGUGAAUUGCACUUUGUUUUCUUGUUCCGCACA